AUACCAAAACCUCACCAACUCUUCCUACAAAUUAAGAAAAUAAUAGAGCUGGAGCAGAAAGAGAAACAGAGUGAGGGAAAGAGUUGGCGAGAGAAAUGAUGGCAAUGACAGGAGAGAAACCCGGGCAAAUGGAGAAUCCAGAGGAUGGCAGAGAAGCGGAGCCAGAAAUCAAGUAUAGGGGAUGGAAAGCCAUGCCAUAUGUCAUAGGUAACGAGACAUUCGAGAAGUUGGGAACCAUCGGCACGGCGGCGAACCUGCUGGUCUACCUCACCACCAUCUUCCACUUGAAGAGUGUCACGGCGGCCACCCUCCUCAAUAUUUUCUCUGGGACUACCAACUUGACUCCUCUUCUUGGGGCGUUCCUCUCGGACACUUAUUUGGGCCGCUACAUCACCUUGGGAUGUGCUUCUGUUUCUUCACUAUUGGGCAUGCUCCUUCUCACUCUCACUGCUGCAAUUUCCAAGCUGCACCCUCCUAAGUGUGACAAUGGCCAACAAUGCGUAGGCCCCUCGUCAGUACAGCUUGUUGUCCUCCUCUGUAGUUUUGGUUUCUUAGUGAUCGGAGCUGGAGGCAUUCGGCCAUGCAACCUAGCCUUUGGUGCAGACCAAUUCAACCCCCAUACGGAGAUCGGAAGAAGGGGCAUCAAUAGCUUUUUCAAUUGGUACUACUUCACGUUCACAGGAGCCAUGAUGAUCUCUUCCACCUUUAUCAUCUACAUCCAAAGCAACGUGAGCUGGUCACUGGGUCUCGCCAUCCCCACCAUCCUCAUGUUCUUCUCCUGCGCUCUCUUUUUCCUCGGGACCAGGCUCUAUGUGAAAGUAAAGCCCGAGGGAAGCCCCUUCACCAGCAUUGCCCAAGUCUUGGUAGUGGCAUUUAGAAAACGAGGGUUGAAGCAACCUGAUGAUCCGGAAACGUCUCUCUUCAAUCCUCCCCAUCUUAGUUCUCUUGUUUCCAAGCUUCCAUUCACCAAUCAAUUCAGAUUUCUCGACAAGGCUGCGAUCAUGACUCCCAUGGAUGCAAUCAAACCAAAUGGCCACGCUGCAAAUCCAUGGAGACUAUGCAGUCUCCAACAGGUUGAGCAGGUAAAAUGUUUAGCAAGAAUCAUUCCCAUAUGGGCUUCAGGCACCAUCCUCUUUGUUGCACUUGUCCAAGAGUCGAGUUUCGUGGUCUUUCAAGGCCUUCAAGCCGAUAGACAUUUUGGGAAGAGUAAAUUUGAAAUACCAGCUGCUUCUUUCACUGUAUUCUCCAUGCUGGCCUUAACAAUCUGGAUACCUGUUUAUGAUCGCAUUUUAGUCCCUUGGCUUCGAAGGGCUACUGGUAAAGAAGCUGGCUUCACAUUACUCCAAAGGAUGGGAAUUGGAAUUGUUCUUACGGUAGUCGCCAUGGUUGUCUCUGGACUGGUUGAAGGGCGGAGGAGGAGUUAUGCCCUUCAUCGGCCAGCCCUGGGGAUUGCACCGAGUGGUGGUACGAUAUCAUCCAUGUCUAGCUUCUGGUUGGUACCUCAACUGGUGCUUCUUGGAUUUGCUGAGGCUUUUAAUUUGAUCGGUCAGGUUGAGUUCUACUACAAACAGUUCCCUGAAAACAUGAGAAGCCUCGCUGGAGGUGUGUUCUUCUUCGGGCUAGCAUGUGCCAAUUACUUGAGUGGCUUCAUGGUGACAGUAAUUCAUCGAACUACCGGCCACAAUGGAAAAGAUAAUUGGUUAGCCAACGACCUAAACCAUGGAAGAUUGGACUAUUUCUAUUUCUUGAUUGCUUUAAUGGAAGUAGUUAACUUCGUAUUUUUUAUUGUUUUCGCCAACUGGUAUAGAUAUAAAGGUUUAGAAGAUGGCCAUGAGAUUGCCUUGGAGAAAAGCAAGUCAAAAUCUUCUCUUGUUUAAACUAGAACCGAGUGACGAGAUAUAUAUACAUGUUUGUUACUGUAUGGUAUUCUAGUUGUCACAAUAUUGGUAAAAAUUAUAAAUGAAAACAGAUCGGUGAUGUUAUCUCUUAAA